CCUCUUCCAACCACAUCAGUACGACCAACAUGGCCAUCGUCCUCGCCACAAUGUUUCAGAAGAAGCCCAAGACGGCCGCCAAAGACGUCGAGGCCAAGCCCCGCGGCAGCCUUCGCUGGGCCACCAAAAAGUGCCACCCAUACAAGACGGUCGACGACACGCCGAGCUGCUGCAAGGCGCGCCUCGAGUCGGAGAAGGCGUUGCCGCAGUACGAGCUUGGCGCGCCGGACGUGACGAUUUCGCACCGCUUCAUCGACCGGCCGCGCGUCCGCAUGCACAAGCUCGCGACGAUCGUCGGCGGCCACAAGGUGCCGUUCUCGGAGGUCGAGCUCGACUACUGGAAGGCCGACUUUGAGCACAAGAACACGCUGACUGCGAUUGCCGAAGAGGACAAGGCGACGUGCGAGUGCUGCAUGGCGGUCGCCUUCUCGUCCAACGCGCGCAACGUGUGCAUUGCGCUCACCAAAGUGUCGCGCCGCCGCCGCGCAUGAGCAACGACCUUAAUGUUUCCAGCGUCCUUGAUUAUUUUAACACGCACGUCCUAUUUAUCUAC